UCUCUCUCACUCACUCACUCACUACUUUCAACUCCCAUUCUUCUUUACUUUUACAUCCUCCCAAGUCCCCAUCCUUUCUAUCUUCCACUGAUUUCAUCAAAGUUCCAAACAACAGCUUCGAGCCAGCCAGCGAUGUCCGUCGCCGCCGGAAUCUCUGAUCCAGAGAAAGUCUACAAGAAGCUGUUCCAUAGGCGCAACGACUCCGGCGAGCUCGACGUGUUCGAGGCCACCAGGUACUUCGCCGGCGCUACCGAAGUUCCGGGCUACAGAACCGGCGGCACAGCUUUCACUCACAAAAUGAUCAUGAGCGAAGAGAAGCUGCGAACCUGGAGAGGCGGCCGAGUCAGCUUGGACAUGCCGCUGAGGAAAGCAGUGGAUUCCCAGAUUCAUGCGGCGGGGGAGAAGCAGAUGAUCAAAGAGAAGAAGACGAAGCAGCCGAGAUCGCCAGGCGGCAAGCUUGCCAGCUUCCUCAACUCUCUCUUCAGCCAAACGGCUUCCAAGAAGAAGAAAUCCAAGUCCACCACCCAGUCUGUGAAGGACGAAGACGAGAGCCCCGGCGGCCGCCGCCGCCGCCGCAGCAGCAUCAGCCACUUCCGGAGCAGCUCCACGGCCGAUUCCAAGUCCAUUUAUUCGUUGUCAAGCUCCGGGUUCAGAACGCCGCCGCCAUUUGCAGAGGUCCGCAAAUUGGUAUCUUAUUCCAAAUUCAACGCCCUCGCCAAUGCCAAGCCCGCCAUUAACGACGAUAAAAGAAGAAUGGAUUAUCCAGCUCUGGAUGCAAAGCUGAAGAAUUUUGAUAAUGGGUUCUCGGAGAAGAAGUGUUCCAGGAAGUUUGAAGAGGUUGACGAUGGUGGAGAGAGCGAUUCGAGCUCGGAUUUGUUCGAGUUGGAGAACUAUGAUUUGGGUUACUGUUCAAGCGAUCCACCAGUUUAUGAAACGACCCGUCUGGAUAGCAUCAAGAUGGCUGCACCAAUUUCCAAUGGUGCAUUCUAGUACUAAUUACUGUAAUUUUCCUUUUUCUUUUUCUCUGUUCUUUCUUUUCAAUGCCUGCCAUUAAUUAAUGUUGUUAGAUUAUGAUCUUAGAUUUUGCUUUUUCGUGUGUCCUUUCGUAAGCUCUCCGGACCUUUCUCUCUGUCUGUACAGUUUGGAAUGUUGGCUUGUCUCUGAUUUAUCUGAUCAAAUUUUCUUAAAUAAUUAUUAUUA